AUGUCCAACGCGCCUCCGGAGAGCGCCCUUCGGGGUCGCGAUCUCCACGUCUCCUUCGACGACGUCCAGCGCUCCGACGAGGCGUUCCAGCGACCCCCGCCCCUGGAGCUCCCCGACAGCACGCCGAGGCUGAAGUCCGUGCGCAAGACCCCGAGCGGAUCGGCCAAGCACCGGGAGAUCCGGUCGGCAUACGGGCCCAACCUGCGAUUCCCGAACUCCACGAGCAAGGAUGAGUUCCCGCCGCACAGCCCGGGUCCACUUUCGUCGGGCCCGAGGAAGGCGUACGUCCCCUCGCCCGUCAAGUUCGUCGCCGUGUCCGAGUCCAGGGACAAGUACCGCGCCCACGACGUCCAGCCGUUGCCCAACAUCCCCGUCAAGCCGUACCGCAACACAGGCGCCAAGUUUGACGAUACCACCACCAACAGGGCGAUGUAUACGGUGGAACCCAGCGCGUACCAGCGCCUCGCCGCCCCGAAGAAGGCGUACGUGCCCUCACCGGUGAAGUUCGACACGGUAUCGGAGUCCAGGGCCAAGUACACCGCGCACGCAACGGAGAUUCGAACGCCCCCCAUCGGGCUGUGGGUCGCCAACGACCUCGUCGAGGUGAUGGUCCAGCCGGGCGCGGACCGACCGCUCAGCGUCUCGAAGAUGUUCAGCACGACGAGCAACGGGCAGGACGAGAUGGAGCUGAAGAUCGUGGAGGGGUGGUCGCGGAAGGCGAGCGAGUGCAAGCUGCUGACGGUGUUUGAGAUUGAGGGGAUCCCGGCGCAGCCCGCGGGUCGCCCGCAGAUUCGCGUCACGCUGUCGGUGGAUGCGGGUGGCGCGAUGACGGUGAGAGCCGUCGACUGCGAUAACGAUCACGCGGUGCUCGCGGAGGAGACCGUGGAGGUGACGCCGGCGUAUUCGGUGUCGCCGCCGAAGGGUGUGCACGCCGCGGGAUCGCCUUUGCCUGAUAAGCACGGGGAGAGGAGGACCAACUAUCGUUGAGCGAGCUCGGCGUCGCGUCGAGGCGCAAUGAAUGAAAAUAACUUCGUUUCGUACAAAAGAAUG